AUGACAGAAAUUGAAUUUGGUAAACCUCUCCCUUCGAAUCUCGAUUAUGCAGUUUCAUUCGGUAUUCCUACAUGGGAUUCAGCGAUAGGAUACGUGGAAAAGAACCCCGACGUAAUAAGCAAGAUGGAUACAGGGUAUCCAAGAUAUUUCCCUCAACCACCAAUUCAAAAACUUUGUAAUCAUUUCAUUAAAAAGUUCGGAUGUGAUUCUGAGAGCUGCCGUCCCUUUCCUUCUUACAAUUUGGCCAAGAAAUGCCUAGAGUUUGUAAAGUCAAUUCCUGGAAGCACAGCUCAUUUAGAAGUCGAGACGUUCCAGUUAGUGGCAGAUGGGAAAUCACCCAAACAAAGACUUGUUGUGACGAUUGCUGCUGUCUUGGCAUCUGGAGAUGACUUUGACGUUGUCAGAGAAUACUGGAAACUAAGAGGCGAGUGUGUGUCUAGCCGAUUGGCAGAAUCUCUUCACCAGUUGUUAACUGCACCAGAUUCAAGACGGCAAGAGGCAGAAGCCAAGUUCUUUCUUGCUAACGAGGAAGGAAAUCACGCUAAAAAGCUGAUAAAACAAAGAAUUGUUGAUAAUCACUGUAAUCCGUUUGGAUCGAAUUCAAAUGGUGAAGAGCUCGUCCUCAAUCCUGACACAGAUGCUUAUCUGGUAUCAAGCGGUAUGUCUUCUAUCUUUACAGCUCGCGAUAUACUUUCUUUCUGGGAGGAAAAGAGGGCUUCGAAACAUUCUCUAGGAAAAAAGUCGCAGCUGUGCAAGACUGCAGCUGUCUUUGGCUUUCCUUUCAAAGAUACUAAAGUGAUCAUGGAGAAAUUUGGACAUUGUCAAUUUUUUGGUGUUGGAGAUUCUAAAGAUGUUGCUGAACUAAAGAAAUAUUUAGACACAAGCGACCACCGUAUCCUGGCCGCCUUUGUUGAAACGCCUUCAAAUCCUUUACUAAAUAUGCCUGACCUAACAGGACUGAGGAAAUUGGCGAAUGAAUAUGGGUUCUUUAUUGUGAUUGACGACACUAUAGGAGGCCUAAACGUUGACAUUCUGCCUUAUGCAGACAUCGUGUGCACAUCACUGACCAAACUUUUCAACGGAUCUAGCAAUGUCAUGGGGGGCUCACUCAUUUUGAACCCAAAGUCAUCUUUGUACUCUAGUGCCCGUGCAUUUGUUGAGAGUGAUGGCUUUGAGGAUCUCCUAUGGUGUGAAGACGCUAAAGUUCUUGAAAUCAAUUCCAGAGAUUUUGAAGAUAGGACAGUACGUGCUAAUAAAAACACGGAAAGGCUUUUGAGUGAACUGAUCUUAGUCAAUGAAGGGAAAGUAUUCAAAAAGAUCUACUAUCCAACUGUCAGCUCUGAAGAAACAUUUAAGAAUUAUGAAGCUGUUCGUAAUAAGCUUGGUGGUUACGGCUGUAUGUUUUCAAUGGCUUUCUACAGCGAGGAAGAUUCAAAAGCUUUCUACGAUUCUUUGAAAGUGUUCAAAGGUCCUUCUAAUGGCACAAACUUUACUUUAGCAUGCCCUUACGUUCAAUUGGCGCACCGUUUUGAAUUAGAAGAAGUCUCCAAGUUUGGAGCUGAUCCGAACUUGAUCAGGGUUAGCGUAGGUUUAGAAGAUAGUCAAUGGUUGCUAGACGUAUUUUCGGAUGCAAUCAAUAUGCUGGAACGCAGGCGCUCCCAAGAUGAUUAA